AUGGGAGGGUUCUACGAAAGGCUUAUCGCAUUAGUGAAAAGAUCUAUAAAGAAAACUAUUGGUAGACAGCUACUUACAUUAGUUCAAUUGCAAACACUUGUAAAGGAAAUAGAAGCAGUUUUAAACUCAAGGCCUCUUGUGUACGUAGGAGAUGAUAUCAACUCAACCAUACCUAUAACACCUGCCCAUUUUCUCACAAAUAAUCCAAAAACUGGAAUACCAGAGAUGGAAAUUGAAGAAGAUAGUAAUUAUGAACCAGUUGAAAGCACAGCAGUUAAACUGAUAACACUAUGGAAGAAAGGACAAAAUCGAUUAGAAAAGUUUUCGAAAAUAAAAGCUCAAAAGAAACCUGUGACAAUUCCCGGAAAGAGCUUGACAACGGACAGCGUGUCUUCCGAAUGUCUUUACUGCGGAAAACGUAUUCCCAAAAACAGAGUUACAUUCGUAGCCCAAAUCUUUGCAGUGUACGGUAUAAUUCUAAUAGCUGCGCUGAAUCUGUUUCUCGGUCAAGGAUCAAACCAGGAACUUUGGAUAGUACUGAUGAGUUCCACCGUAGGCUAUCUGUUACUAAAACCAGGACUUAAAAUUUACCGAUAA